AUGGAUGAAAAAGACAAAGACAAUUCAGGGAAGACUGCAGAUAAAGGUCCUCCACCCUUGCCACAUUGUGAGACCAGUCAGGUAGAGAAUGCAUCUAUACAAGAAUCAUCUAUGGACAUUAGUCCAACUUUGAUAGAUCUGUAUGACACCUUGGCUAACAACACAUCAGAUGUGUGCACUGGUCAGGAUAGUGAAAGCAAAGAAUAUUUAGCCAAUCACAAAACGGAUAACAAAGAUUUACAUUCUACAUUUAGUUUUGAUAAUAAAUCUCUACCAUCAUCUAAUCAGGAAUUACAAGUGCCUUCAACCAAUGAAAAGUCGGAUAAAGAAUCGACCAAUCAACAUGCAGAUGACAAGGACUGUCGACCAGUCAGCAUUCUUUCUACCUCAUCAGAAACGUCUGCAUCAUCGAAUGAAAAUCAGUUUUUCAGUAAAGAUGCGUCAUCACCGGAAGAUGAAAAUAAGAGGUUUGAGAAUCGGACCAUACAGAAGGAUGUCAGCAAUGAUUCUAUCUCAAGCACUGAGAAAGAAAAACUCAGUGGGCCAGAAAAUAUACACAAAAAUACAGAUGUAUGCAAAGAAGUUGAGAAUAUCCAAUCAUCAGACAAUAAACAUGGUCAUGAUAGCAAGAAUGACCAAACAGACACAAAUGCAGUACCUUGCCCAAGUGAAAAUAUUGCCAAUGGUGUGCCUGUAAUACUGACCAAUCAGAAUACAUCUAAAAAAGCAGCCAAUCUUGACAGGACUACAAAUGUGAAAGAUAAUCAAUCUACACCAAAGCAUAAACAAGUAACAAUUAACACUGAUGAGACGACUGCCAUCAAAGAGAAGGAUCCAAGAAUACGACGUAAAUCAUCACGGAUAAAUCCGCCUGUAAUUGUUAAUACUGAUACUGCAAUAAACGGAGCUGCUUCACCUCCAACAACUCCUCCCAUGUCAUAUAAACGUAAAAUGAGUAUUUUGGACGAUGAUACUUAUAUUUUUAGAGUUGUGAAUGAAAUAAUUGAUACCGAAAGGAGUUACGGUUAUGUUGGUGUUAUACUGGAUCGACCUGAAUUACCUAUCUCACCUGAACAUUUCACCACUUUAUUUGGAAAUAUAGAAGAAAUAUAUAACUUUAAUAAGUCUUUGUUGGAUGAGUUAGAAAACACUGACAAUGAUCCCAUACAAGUAGCUGAAUAUUUCGUCAAAAAGGACAAAGUGUUCAAGUCAUUGUAUUGUUCGUAUUGUACAAGUUAUCCUACUUCCAUUGCGGUGCUUACAGAAUUAUCAAAAAUUAAAGAAGUGAUGGAUUUCUUGGAAGAAAGACAAUCAGCUUUGCACCAUUCACUGCCAUUGGGUUCUUAUUUGUUGAAACCUGUACAGAGAAUACUGCGAUAUAGACUUCUUUUUCAGAGUAUCCAUCAACAUUACAACAAGAAGGCUGAUGGGUUUCAUAUUGUAGAGAAAGCAUUAGAUACUAUGACAGAAGUAGCUGAGUAUAUUAAUGAUAUGAAGAGGAAACAUGAAGCUGCUGUACAUGUACAGGAAAUACAGAGUGUUUUACAUGGAUGGGGUGGUACGUUGACAUCAUAUGGUGAAUUAGUACUAGAGGAUACUUUUCACAUGGUUGGUGCUAGGGCUGGAAGGUAUUUGUAUUUGUUUGAAAAAGCACUUUUAAUUGGUAAAAGACGAGAAGAUGGAUUGAUCAGUGUGAAGGCUGAUAUUUUGUGUUCAAAUAUGGUUCUACAAGAGAUGGUUUUAAAAGAUAAUCUUUGGUUUGGUAUCUAUCCGUUUGAUAAUAAUAAAGUUCAGUACAUUAUUCAGUCACGAUGCAUGGAGCAGAAAAGACGAUGGACACAUCAAUUGAAAAGAUUGAUAAUAGAAAACCAUCCAUCAGUAGUUCCAAUGCAUGCUAAACAAGUUAUAUUAGACCAGGACAGGGAUAAACAUUAUGGAUCAGAUGAUAGUCUUGACCUUCUCGAUAGAAGAGAUCAUCACAUCAAAUAUAAAGAUGAAAGGAAAAGUAAAAGACAUUCGAAGAAAUCAGAUCCCAAUAUUAGAAAGAUCAGAAGAGGUUCCACACAACUCAAAGCCAUGGAUAUAACACUUGGAAUGAAGAAACCAGAGAUCAUCAGUCCCAGAAGUAGCAUGAGACAGUCACAUCAUUCUGGUCAUAGCAGUAGUGAUGCUAAAGAUACACAGAGUGAAAGUGAUUCACCAAAUAAAAGAAAGACAACAUCACCUCCUCAAAGCAAAGAAAAAAAAAUUGUAGAGAAGGUAGAGGCACAAGUAGAAAAGAAUAUAACAAAAGAAGAAGCAGUUAAGAAAUCUGGUAGCUUAACAAGAAGUGACAGUGUUAAGAGCAGAAGUCUUGAUUGUUUGUCAUCUUCAGAAGAAAGAACACAUGCAACUAUUGUAAAGAAAAAGCAUCUGGGUGGUGAUGAUGCAAGUCCAAGAGCACAGAGACUGAGUAAAAAGCUGGAGACUACUGCAGAAAUUAAUCCAAGAGACAGCGUGGGUUGGAGUGAAGAUGUACUGGCUGUAUUUGAUAAGUUCAAGAAGGAAGAACCUGUGUCAGACACAACAGCUAACACGUGUGUGGAAGAUACAAUGGGGAACACUGAGAAAAACACAGCAGUGAGCAACAGUAAGAUUUCAGAAGAGUUCAAGCCAGAAAUGAAAGAUACGAGAAAACUUCAGAGGAGUGUUACUGAUUCUGACAUGCAGUAUAGGGAGUAUGGGACAGAAGAAAGCAGUUUAGAGAAUAAAGAAAAAAAUAGUGAACAUGCCAUUAUUUAUGAAGAAGAUGUUUCCAACAAAAAUCUAAAUGAAGAAGAAAAGGAGACAACUCCCCUAGCGAAAGACAACAUUGGUGAUAGUAAUACUGAUUCUGUAGCAGCAGUAACUGUGGAGGGUGAUACACUGAGAAAAGAUACAGAAAAAAUACGUCCAAAGGAAGAAGCUGCAAGAGUUGUGGAAGCCUACACUGUUCCAAGGAGGAAAGCUGCCAAUAGUAUGGGUGUACCUAGUCACUAUCGUAGUAGUACAUCUGUGUUAGAGCAACACAGUCUUACAAAUGCUAUCUUUAGAAUGAAAAGAUCAGAUAAGAUUAAACAAUUUAUUGCAGAAAGAAAAGACAGUAAAGAUAGUAAAAAUGAGGAGGAUAUCUGGGUGAAAAGGACAGAUGCAGCAACUACAAGUAUAGAAUCAUCUAACACAUCACUUGUUGAAGCACCACAGCUCAGUGCACCUUCAUCUCCUGUGAAUGAAAGUAUAGGCAAAAAAACUGUUAUAGAUGCAGACUUACCAACACCCUCACCACCUGCAAAGGAAACACUGCUUAGUAUUGAGGAACCACAGACAACUUUGUUACUCAGUGAAGUACAUAGUAAAAUGUACUGUAGUAGUGAUGACAUACGAGCAACAUCGUCAGUAACAAAAAUACCAAUAUCAAGGUCAUUAAGUGAUGGCACUGACCCCCAAAAUCUAGCUACAGAAACUGAACCGAGUGUACCUUUAACACCAGAAGCAGUUGAAAUAGUGGAUGACUUAAAGAAAUACAUGGAAGCAAACUCAAAACAUUCUAAUAAAAGUAUUCCGGCAUUUCCUGCUGCAGGCAGCAGUCCUACUGUCAAUAGUACUGAUAGCACAUCAACAGAAAGUCUGUCUGGUAGUAUUAAACAUAUGCUUCACAAUUUUGGUUUACGCAUAACUGGACAAAAAACACCAAGCUCCAGCCCAGUUCAAAGUCCUAAUCCAAGCCCUAGAUCUAGUCAGUAUUUGGAGAAUUCCUCUUCAGAUGAAACAAAAUCAUCAUCAUCUGCCAAAGAGACUCCACCUGAAACUCCAGAAAGAGAGAAAAAGUCACCAAUGAAUGUAUACUCAUUUGCACGAUCUUACAGUCGGAAAUUCAAGAACAAGGCUAGCAAGCAGUUUGUAAAAAAACGUAGUACAUCUGAUAGCACUCCAAACAUUACAAAUACUUAUGAAAAACAACUUGUUGAUUUGCUUGGAGGAGAUAAUGCUCCUGGUGGAACUACUAUUGGGGCAAGGUAUGCUAGGCAAGGAGGUUCACUAAACUACAAUUUACGACAUGUUUACUCUGAGUCAUUGAAUACUGUUGCAAUUGAUUCAGGGUCAGUAUUAUAUGCUGCUUCGAUAGCUGAUAUAGUUAGUGGAAAUAACGCUGAGGAUGAUAACUCAACUAGAAAAAAAACUGUACAAGACAAUAUAAAAGCUUUUGAAGAAUUGUCUAAAUCGUUGUCAGUAUCACCAAUUCCAGCAAUUAAGACUUGGCGCUGUGCAUCAGCUAUGUUCAUGCGACAAGAGAGUGAACCAGAUAUUGAACCUUUAUUUAAAUCAAUUGAAGAACGCAGGAAAGAGUUAGAAUCAUCUACUUCCAUGACUGUACUUAAAAAGAGACCAAUGUCAGAGUUGGUCAGUGAUCCGAGUGAUGGGUCAUCAAUAUGUAGUUCUGAAAGUGAAACGCAUAUCAGCAAUACAGGAUCUCCUCUGCAUUCUUCAUCUUUACAUCAAAUAAAAGAAGAACUUAAAGGAUCCAUUAGUCUUUCCAGGAAAUCUAGCAGUACAGACAAUGAUGAUUUGAUGCCAGUCAUGAUGAAAUCAAUUAAAGACAGAUUUCGAGAACUACAAAAUUCCAUGGCAAAACCAAUCCCGAAAAGAAAUCCAAAAGAAGAGAUUGAAGCUGAACGACUUGCUGCUUCAGUUGAUAAUGAAAGCAGCCAAAAUGAUAAUAAUUACAUGGUUCAUCAAGUUCAAUGCACAGAUUCUACAACAUCAUGUACACCAUGUUCAUCAGAUGCACAUAAAUUAGAUUCAAUAGAUUCAUCAACAUCAUUUGUAUCAUGUCAGGCUGACACUUACCAAGUUGAUACAGUGGAUUCAAAUCUAUCAUUUGUAUCAUGUUCUUCAGAAGUACCUGAUGCUGUCAGUUCAUUAAACAAUUGCUUUGACUCUAUGAUUCCUCAUCCAAACAUAGAUGACAGUGAAAGUGAUUCAGGAAACAAUUCAGAGUAUGAGACUCCCCAUGGAUCGCUAGAAAAUUUCUCUGAUAUUUUAAGUACAUUAGAUCAGCUGGAUGAUCUGCCUGUGGAUUAUGAGGAUAGCAUUGAAGAUGAGUCAACGCUGGAAGCUGACAUCACCGAUGAAUUAUCUAAGACACCUUCACCUGAUUUAUUUUUCUCUUCUGUUGCUGGCAACACAGUGAAAACUGAAUAUGGUGAUGAAAAUAGUGUGGCACCAGAGAAAUUACACAUUAGUUAA